AUGGCAGCUCGAAGAAAUAUCUUUCAGCUUUUGAGUCGUUCUUGCCACUUAAGAUCCGCAACCAGACAAAAUUUCAUGGGCGCUCGCACACAGAGAUUCUUUGGAGAAGAGCAAGCUAGAGCAAAAGAAGAGCAAAAGAAUGGAGAAGAGCUUAAAAACAAAUCAGAAGCACCAAAGGAAAAAUCUGAAAAAGCUGGGCCUGAAUCCACUCAAAAAGAUUCCACAAAAGACAUUGAUGCAAAGCUCCAAUUGAUGGCUGAAGAGGCAAACAAAUAUAAAGACCUCUACAUUAGAACCCUUGCAGAGCAAGAAAACAUGAGAAAACGAUUGCAAUUAGAAGCCGACAACGAAAGGACUUACGCCAUAACCAAAUUCGCAAAAGAAAUGCUUGACGUCUCUGACAAUUUGCAAAGAGCUAUCGAUAAUGUUCCGAAAGAAAUGAAGACUCCUGAGGAUUGUUCUAAAGCCUUCGAUGAUUUAGUUAAAGGAGUGUCAAUGACGAGAGACAUAAUGAAGAAUGUUUAUAAGAAAUUCUUAAUUGCAGAAGUAGAUCCACUCGGCCAAAAAUUUGAUCCUAACUUGCAUGAAGCACUUUUUACCUUUGAGGAUCCAGCAAAGCAAGACGGGUCUGUAGGAAAUGUAGUUUCAUUAGGCUACACAAUAAAUGGGAGAGUUUUAAGGUCAGCAAAAGUCGGUGUUAUCAAAAAUCUCAAAAAAGCAUAA